CACAAUCCGUUUGGAUGGGUGUGUAUACAGGUGUGUAUGUGUGGGCAUCCGUAUUGUGCACUGACUCAUCCACUCUCAUCACACAGACCCUCUUCCAGAGAGACCAGUCUCGCCGUCCGUGUUCAUUCUGAAGAAACAUGGACAAAUUCUUUUGCCGACACUUCCGGCAGAAAGCACGCAAGGGGAGCGGGCGACGCCGCUCGAGCGUGGCGGUCCCCGCAGGUAAAGUGCGGCGCCGCUCCAGCGCCGGCCUCCCCUCUGCAGGCCUCGCACACAGACGCCGGUCCAGCGUUCAGCUGCAGGUGAACGCCGCGCUCCGGAGAAACAACGCCAUCCUGAGCAGGCACGGGAACAUCCACGCUCAGCUGCUCGGCCCGUCACUUUUGCUCGCGAGCGUCAUCCAAAUGAGCGAAAAAGAGGCAGAGAGAAGAGCGUCCUGUUCUUCAGAUUUACAGAGCGACGGCAGCUGGGAGGACCCCGAAGAAUCGACCGUGGAUCCGGACAGACUGGCGUUUUGGUUGACUCAGGGAUUAUCGACAGGGAAGCGCAUUCACAGACGACCGCUGCUCCGUGCGCCACGCUGUUUGAGGCGAAAUUCCACUCACCUGCUACCGGCUGAGGCUGUGCAUCAUGGAUUCGGGUACUACGGGCUAUAUGGUCACUAUCGCAGAAACAGCCAGGCGUAUAGAAUAACCAAUAUGACUCAGGAAGAAAGAAGAAGCUCUAGGGCAGCUUGUGCUUACAGGAGACACUCACACUGGUGUCAGGGAACGUAUUACGACCCGGAGACAGACACGUGGAGCGACUUCAUCUCGAAGGCCAUAGCCAAGUCCGGGCUCCAGCAUCUAUCAUCUCAGCCCAGCAGUUCAGUGGUGGCCAAGUAUGACCCAGACCGAGAAAUAUGCAGCACAGUGGACUGGAGUGAGUCGGCGCUAUAUGGUGAGCACAUCUGGUUCGAGACCAGCGUAUCCGGAGACUUCUGUUACGUCGGAGAACAGCACUGCUACGCAAAGACAGUGCAAAAAUCCAUCGCUCGAAAGAAGUGCGCUGCAUGCAAGAUCGUCGUCCACACCGUCUGUAUAGAGCAGCUGGAGAAGCUGUCUCACAGGGAAGCUUCACCGCUGGGUGGGUGGCUCGAUGAGGCGCCACACAAAGAUUCAGCUUUCAGAAUCAAUUUCAGGUGUAAACCAUCGUUCAGGGAAUCAGGCUCCCGGAACAUUCGCGAGCCUAGCAUAGUGCGACAUCACUGGGUCCAUCGACGACGACAAGAGGGGAAGUGCAAACAGUGUGGAAAGGGAUUUCAGCAGAAGUUUGCAUUUCACAGCAAAGAUAUUGUGGCUAUCAGUUGUUCUUGGUGUAAGCAAGCAUAUCACAAUAAGGUGACGUGCUUCAUGCUACAGCAGAUAGAAGAGCCCUGUUUGUUAGGGGCUCACGCCGCCGCUAUAGUCCCUCCAACGUGGAUCAUACGAGUCCGCAGACCUCAGUCCUCGCUAAAGUCAAGCAAAAAGAAGAAACGGACGUCAUUUAAACGCAAAUCUAGCAAAAAGGGAGCUGACGAGACUCGAUGGAAGCCGUUUAUCGUGAGGCCGAUCGCUUCGCCGCUGAUGAAGCCUCUGUUAGUGUUUGUGAACCCAAAGAGUGGAGGAAACCAGGGAACCAAAAUAAUCCAGUCGUUCAUGUGGUAUCUGAAUCCCCGGCAAGUCUUUGACCUAAGCCAAGGCGGACCGAAAGAAGGUUUAGAGUUGUACCGAAAGGUUCACAAUCUGCGAAUUUUGGCCUGUGGAGGAGACGGAACGGUUGGCUGGAUCUUGUCCACUUUGGAUCAGUUGCAGCUGAACCCACAGCCUGCAGUAGCUGUUCUUCCUCUGGGGACCGGAAAUGACCUCGCCAGGACCCUAAACUGGGGAGGGGGAUACACAGAUGAACCGAUGUGUAAGAUCCUUUCUCACGUGGAGGAUGGAAACGUUGUGCAGCUCGAUCGCUGGAACUUGAUCGUGGAGCCAAACUUGGAGGCAGGGCCAGAAGAGAAAGAUGACCAAGUGACCGACAAGCUUCCUCUGGACAUUUUCAAUAACUAUUUCAGCCUGGGUUUUGAUGCUCACGUAACUCUGGGGUUCCACGAGUCUCGAGAGGCGAAUCCAGAGAAAUUCAACAGCCGCUUCAGGAACAAGAUGUUCUACGCAGGGACGGCCUUCUCAGAUUUCCUCAUGGGUAGCUCUAAAGAUUUGGCAAAGCACAUCAAAGUGGUGUGUGAUGGUGUAGAUUUGACCUCCAAGGUCCAGGAGCUGAAGCUGCAGUGUCUGGUCUUCCUAAAUAUUCCCAGAUACUGUGCCGGCACGAUGCCGUGGGGGAACACGAGCGAUCACCAGGACUUUGAGCCUCAGCGCCAUGAUGAUGGCUACAUCGAGGUUAUCGGCUUCACUAUGACAUCACUGGCAACGCUGCAGGUCGGAGGGCACGGUGAGAGGUUGAAUCAGUGUCGCGAGGUCACACUCACCACCUACAAGUCCAUCCCCAUGCAGGUGGACGGAGAGCCGUGCAAACUGGCACCUUCCACCAUUCACAUCUCCCUGAGAAACCAGGCUAACAUGGUGCAGAAAACCAAGAGGAGGACGUCAAUCCCACUUCUCAAUGAUCAGCAGCAGAUCCUUGAAAGGUUACGAAUAAGAGUCAAUCGCAUUAGCAUGCACGACUACGAGGCUCUUUAUUACCACAAGGAGAAACUAAAAGAAGCCUCGAUCCCGUUGGGGCUCAUUGUUGUUCCGGUAGACAGUGACCUGGAAACCUGCCGAGCAAAAAUUGAGAGGCUGCAAGAGACAGGCGAUGAGACCAAGUCAAAAGUGCUGUCAUGUCAGAGAUUGUCACCCAAGUGGUGCUUCCUAGACUCAACCACAGCAGAUCGGUUCUACAGGAUUGAUCGAGCCCAGGAACAUCUGCACUACGUGACAGAGAUCUCUCAGGAAGAGCUGUUUGUUUUGGACCCAGAGCUGGUAGUUACACAGUGCGCCAGCACAUCACCGAGCGUGCCAGAUUUGGUGAACACGUCGGCAGAUACCUCAGCCGCCCCUCACACGUUUGCCUUCCCGUCGUCGUCCUCUUCUCCUCACUCCUCUCCAUCACUCAGGUUAAAGCAGAAUGCUUCGAGUGGCAGCAGCCCAGUAUCAGCAGAUGUUCUAAUCGAGUGUGUAAAGAACAAGGACCCUCAAAAGCUGAUGGAGCUCCAUAAGCAGGGGGCAGACCUGAGCGUACAGGAUUCAGCCGGUCGCACACUGCUUCAUCAUGCGGUGGCUGUGGCCAGCAAAGAAAUGGUCAAAUUUAUUAUUGAUAACGCACAGACUGAUAUACUGGAUAUGACCGAGAGUGAAAAUGGAGAGACGGUGUUGCACCAGGCGGCUUCGCUGUGUCAAAGGACAAUCUGCCACUAUUUGGUGGAGGCAGGAGCUUCUCUUAUGAAGACAGACCUACAGGGCGACACACCAAAGCACCGUGCAGAAAAGGCCAAGGACAGUGAGCUGGCAGCGUAUCUGGAGAGCCGUCAGCACUACCAGAUGAUCCAGCGUGAGGACCAGGAGACUGCAGUCUGACCUCUAACCUCAAACUUUUUCAUUUUACCCUUUCGAAGUCGAGAUGCCUCUUCUCUUCAUGUGCCAAAACCAAACAUUAAAUCCUGAUAAAAAAAAACAAAAAAACAGAUGAAGGCAUUAUUGAGGGGUCCGGUUCUUUUUGUAGGGUGCGUUCCUACCACCUCAUCACCUUUAGACCUCAGACGUAUGACUCGACUAAAUUUAAUCUCUCGUUUUUUGGUUUUUUUUUGCGUGUGAAUGUAUGAUGAGGAGCGCGGGCUUAAUAAUAGUCUAAAUAAAAAGGGUUACAUUGUUUCACAGAAUCUUGAUGACAUUUCAAA